CAUUUAAAAAAAAAUCAGAAAAUGGUGAUUUCGUACAUCUUGCUUUUUUGUUUGAUUUCACAAAAUGUUUUUGGAGAAGAUUUACACAAUAGGCAAAAUCUGCAGUCAAUUUUAAAAGAGAUCGAUUACUUAAAAGAACGUACACUGGCAUUGGAGAAGCAGAAUAAACAACUUAACGAAAAAAUUGAAAAGCUGGAAAAUUGUUGUGCUGAGAAAACUAAAGAGGAUGACGUGAGAACAGCGAAUUCCGGAACGUUGGUAAAUACAACGAAUACUCAAAACUUUGCCUUAAAAUCAUCAUCUGAAUCAACAAAAGAAUUUUCUCACCGGCAAACUCUUACCAUAAGCAAAACAAGUCACUUAGGGCAGCGUACAUUAGGAAGGCGGUCUCCUCAAUCUCAUGUAGCGUUUACAGCAGGAGUAUCGUCUCAAAAUCUUAAUAAUUUAGGUGAUCAUCAAACUAUUAUAUUUGAUAAUGUCAUCACAAAUAUCGGCAAUGCUUACCAUCCACAUACAGGGAUUUUCACUGUCCCGGUCAAAGGCGCUUAUGUUAUAACUUUAACUAUGACAGUGGAACCCGACCAAGUUCAAUGGCUUGAUCUUGUGGUUGACGGUUUUGUCAUAAAUUUCAUAUCUGCCGGACAAGGAAGCAUUCAUAACUACGCGUCUACAACUAAACAAUGGAUUCUUGACCUAGUAACCGGGUCAGAAGUGUGGGUGUGGAAGACUGCUGACCUAAGUGAACAUCGAGAUCUCCACGGACAUAUGAAUACCAUCAUAUCCUGUUUCCUUUUAUUUCAAACAUAGCAAAUUUAAGGAGUAAAGUGAUAAAACUACGAGUCUUUUCUUGAAAUAACAAAAAAAAAAAUGGAAUCAUAAAAUCAUAUAUAUUAUGUCAUUUUACUAUUGGUAGUUUACUUAAG